AUGGAAAGAUGCAUUCUGUGUGAACAGCCCCUAAAAUCUGUCACUUACGAGGUUCCAUCAGUCAAGCAGACUUGUCCACCAGAGAAGUUUGACUGCGGAGGGAAGUGUGUGUCCCUGUCCUGGCGGUGUGAUGGUGAAAGAGACUGCGAAAAUGGUGAAGAUGAAGCGGACUGUGCAGCAGAUGCCAGGUCGUGCUCAGCGGGGGAGUUCCAGUGUCGUAACCGUAAAUGUUUAGCACCGGUCUAUGUGUGUGAUGGCGAUGACGACUGUGGAGAUGGCAGCGAUGAGGAAAAGUGCUCUCCACCGACCUGUGGGCCGCACGAGUUUCGCUGUAACAGCUCCGAGUGUGUGCCGCAGCCCUGGACUUGCGACGGAGACCCUGACUGUGCAGACGGCUCUGAUGAGUGGGCGGGGCGAUGCGGGGGCGGGUCUGGACGACCGGCUCCGCCCCCUACCCGGAGACUGCAGUGCGGUGCUGGAGAAUUUCGUUGCAGCAGUGGGGAGUGUGUGAAACUGGCCUGGAGGUGCGACAGAGACCCUGACUGCAAGGACAAGUCAGAUGAGGCAGACUGCCCUCUGCUCACAUGCCGACCUGAUGAGUUCCAGUGCGGAGACGGAUCCUGCAUCCACGGCAUCAAGCAGUGCAACAAAAUACACGACUGCCUCGACAAAAGCGACGAGGCUGGCUGUGUCAAUGCCACAAAGUGUGAAGGACCUCUGAAGUUCCUCUGUAGGAAUGGGGAAUGCAUUGACGGCAGCAAGGUGUGUGAUAAUGUGAAGGACUGCAAGGAUCGGUCGGACGAACCCAAGAAGGAGUGCAGUUUGAAUGAAUGUUUGCUUAACAAUGGAGGCUGCUCGCACAUCUGUGUGGAUCGUCCCAUCGGAUACGAGUGCCAGUGUCCAGCUGGCUAUAAGCUCCUGGACAAGAGGACAUGUGGAGAUAUCGAUGAGUGUGAGAACCCUGAUGCCUGCAGUCAGAUCUGCAUUAAUCUGAAAGGGGAUUUCAAGUGUGAAUGUCACCCGGGAUAUGAGAUGGACCCCGUAAGCAAAACCUGUAAAGCUGAGGGAAAAAGCCCAUACCUGAUGUUCACGAACAGGCACGAGAUCAGACGCAUUGACCUGGUGAAGAGGGACUACACACAGGUGGUUCCUACUCAGAAGAACGCAGUGGCCAUUGAUAUCGACGUCGCCGCCAACCGCAUGUACUGGUGUGACCGUUUUCAACACAAAAUAUACAGUGCUUACAUCCACGAGGCGAGCGACCCAUCUCGACACGUUACUCUGAUCGACUCUGAUCUGCAUUCCCCGGAGGGUCUGGCAUUGGACUGGGUCCAGCACAACCUCUACUGGACCGACUCUGGCGACAGAACCAUCUCUGUGGCUUCAGCGGAUGGCAGCCGGAGACGCGUGCUGAUCAGCACCGAUCUGAGCGAACCUCGAGCCAUCGCUGUGGAUCCCGAGAGAGGGUUCAUGUAUUGGUCUGACUGGGGCAUCAGGGCUAGGAUUGAGAAGGCUGGUAUGAACGGUGUAGAUCGACAGGUGUUGGUGUCUGAAGACAUUGAGUGGCCCAAUGGAAUCACACUCGAUGUGGUCGGUAAGCGUUUAUACUGGGUGGACUCAAAACUGCACCUGAUCUGCAGCGUGGAUUUAAACGGCGCCCAUCGCAGAGUCAUCCUGUCCUCCAGUGAGAGACUCGGCCAUCCUUAUGCCCUCGCUGUGUUUGAAGAUCGCGUGUACUGGACGGACCGUGAGAAGGAGGCCGUCUACAGUGCAAAUAGACUCACAGGACAGGAUGUGACCAGUCUCGCCGAGCACCUCAACGACCCUCAUGAUAUAGUGGUUUUCCAUGAGCUGAGCCAGCCUGUGGCUCCUGACAGCUGUAACCUGAGUGGCGUGACUAACGGAGGCUGUGACUUCCUGUGUCUGCGAGCUCCUCAGAUCAGUGAACACUCACCCAAAUACACCUGCGCUUGCCCUGACGGAGAGGAGCUCAGCCCUGACACACGCCAAUGUGAACCCGUGCAAAAUGAGACUGCCAUCACACCUACUGUCCCCAUCAACAUCACCAUGGAGACAGGGGCUGGCCGGGCACCAGAGUCCCCUGCAGCAGUGACAUCUCAGUCUGACAGCAUGGCUGAAACCACUCUCUCAUCACUCCUCACCUCCAGCCCAGAGGAACCGCCCGUCUCCUCUAAUACUACAGCAGAGCACAGUCCUACACAAGCAUCCAGCACCACACCAGACAGCCUGAGCAACCUGUCUCAUCACUCUGGCAAUGAGUUGUUUCUCCUUGGCCGUAAUCUGACAGUGGCAGUGCUUGGAGUUGUAAUUCCCAUAGUUCCUAUUGUUGCCACAGUGGUCUUCGGAGUGGUGUGUGCCGGCGUUUACCUCGUUUACCGCAACUGGAGGAGGAACAGCACCAAAAGCAUGAACUUCGACAAUCCCGUCUACCGCAAAACCACAGGAGAGACGGAGGAGGAUGAGAUUCAUAUCGGUCGGACUGACGGACUCACUGGCCAUCACCACCCUUACCCUGGUCCAGUGGUCGGCAUGACGCCAGUCGGUACGGGGACAUGCCCGCCAUUUAUCGCUCUGCCUCUGGGUACCGGUUUACCAGAUCCUGCCACACACUGGUACACAGAGCAGCCCACCAUCUCUAGUACUAAGUGAAAGGGAGGCAACUUUAGAAAUACUGUGACUGCAGGGAGCAGGACUGACAUGUGGCUGCCAAGCUAUGCAGGAACUGAAUGGCAUUUAGCGAGCUGAAUCAUUCUUAACAUGCCCAGGUUCUGAAGUAUGCUGGAGUGCAAAUGCUGGAUUGAUUACUAAACAAAAGGUUUAGACAUUUCAGACCCAUAUCCAUUUGGUCCAUUUUAAUCAUUUUAUUGCUGGUUGAAACCACCAGGGCUAGCCUUUUCAGAACUGUAUUAUAUAGAUUUAUCUUAUAAUCCUAGACAAACCUAGCACUGUAACUGGCUAAAUUUGCUACUUAAAUAUUGAAGCUAGUCUGUUGGACUAGACAUGUCCAGCACUUAAGCUAAAGCUGCAGAGAGAGAAACAAUUUCUGAUCCUUACUAAAGUUACUAACAUAGCUUUGUUUUAGUCAUCAGGUGUGUAUCCAAAAUUAACCAAUUAAUUACAAUUUAAAGUUAAAUAUAUUACAUCAUAAAGUAAUUUUUAAUAGGCUUUACAAAAAAUUAGACUCAAUUACAAAAGUAAAGGUCCUUGCACAGAAAGUCAGAAAUUUUUGCAUGUUAAAAAAUAAAUACAACCUUACAUUGUGUCAAAACUUUCGUCUGUCAUUAAAAAAUUCGGAUCAGGUUAAAUUUUCUGCAUUUUUUCACAUCUGUAGCAAGCAUUUUGCAAGGUGUUUUGACAAUUCAGAGCCACUGUGAUGUUCUGUGCAUGAUGAAUUUAGACAAAUAUGAAAAAAACGCAUACAAAUUUCAGAUUCGGUGUGUAAGGACCUUAACACUGCUGAAUGUAGAUCUUUGAUGGCUCAAGAGCAAACAAGCCAUUUUAACUGGUGUCAUUCUAGUUUUAGAAUUGUUUAAAAAUGACAAAAUGUAUAAACAGUUCAAAAAAUGUUUAAAAAUUAGCCAUAUUUCUAAAACUCUUCACCUGUAUCACAUAUUAUACAGUAUAAUUGUUUUACUUUAAUAAUCUUUGACCAGUUCCUCAUUAUAGACAAAACAACACAAGAUGAGUUGUUUAUGAAAACUAAGAUUCUGAAAUAAUUUUUGUUUUUUUUCUUUCUUGGCUAACAUCAACAUUCAUCCAUUCAAUUCCCAAUGCAUAAAAUCAAGCCCCGCCUUUUUGCCUCAUUAAAUAUUCGAACUGCAUCAAGAAAUAUGCCAUUACAAAAGUAAAAUGGGCUGCAAAUGUUGUUUCAUGUUAAUUUUAAUAAUAAUUAAUACUAGGAUGUUCAUUAUUCACAACAAGAAAGAUUUCAAUACAAAACAUUGACAAGCGUGAUAUUUUUUGUCCAUUUCAUCAGUGUUACUCAGUGUUAUCCAUGUUUUAUACGUGUGUUUACUCCAUAGAGAGACAUUCUAUAUUCAUCACCUGCAUGCAUAUUAAAAGCCAUUGUCCUUGAAUUUACACGACUGUAUUGUAAGGCUACGUCCACGUCUCUGCGGGGCUGCACCGCACUGCAGCUACAACUUGGCAAGACACUGAAAUUGGCAGAGUACCCUGGUUAGUGGAGCAAACCCUAGCGUAAUCACACCGAGUCAGAAUAGAUGUUACGAGGGUCAGCGCGAGUGCGUUACACAGCGGGGUCUCUUGUGGUUCACACAAGCUAGGCGUGAACCAGUGGUAAUUUAUGAAAUGUCACAGUUUAACACGUCUGUUUGUUAUUGGAGUCGUUGCA